UUGAUUUUUCUUAUCCCGAAACUGCGAGCUUGAAGAAUGUUUAUGUCGUUGUCAGAGCAACGCAUUAAGCGUCUUAUUGCGUCAUUAAUACGUUUUUCCAUCAAUUGAGUGGACUUCGUUGUAAUGUAUGUUUAUUCUGACAAACUGAGCAGCAGUAUGCACUCGAUGUGCAACAGUAUCAAAUGUAAUUGAAAAUAUGAAAAAUGAUUUUUAUUGAUGAGUUUUGUAUAUAUUUGGACGAAAAUCCUUACAUUGAAAUGCUGAAAACACAGUGAGAAGACCACUGGACAAGACUGAUAAAUGACACAAUGACAAGUAUUACAUUACCUCACUUUGAUAGAUGGGAAAGACUCUGAUUAAGUCCACCAGUCGCAUUGAUCACCUAUUAAAAUUGCAGAAGAAUCGAAUGUUUUCUUAAAUUAUGUGGAGGAUUUACUAUGUUAUGCAUAAAACACACAGAAAAAUGGUAUUGUUUAUGGUUUUAAAUAGAAAAUUGACGCGAAAUAUUGAUAGCAAAAAAACACAAAGGUGAAGAGAUAAAAGUUGACAAGUGACAGUCUUCUUUCGUUAGAAGGAAUAUGACAGAAGUUAUUAACGAAAAUACAAACUUAAAGCAUGAGAUAGAUUUAGAGAAACGGACUCAACGGGAAAACUCUCUUCAAGGACAAGCUUGGAUUACUAAAAAUAGAACGAAAAAAAGAAUUCAUGCUAAUCUUUCUGGUACAAAAUAUCCACUAGUUCAGGAAGUAGUUAUGCACAUGGGCUUUGCAAUUGUCAAGGAAACAGACGUCAAUUGUUACUUCAUUUGGAAUGAUUCAUCUGUUCAUAUGGAAAAAAUUGUUAAAUUAAAGUCUUAUCAGAGAAUCAAUCAUUUCCAUGGAAUGGGAGAAAUUUGUAGAAAAGAUUCUCUUGCCAGAAAUAUGUCACGAAUAAAGAGGAUGUUUCCUCUGGAUUAUAAUUUUGUUCCAAAUACUUGGAUUUUGCCUGCCGAAAAUACACUAUUUGAUAACUAUUGCAAAGAUUUAAAGAACAAAAAAAAGAUAGAGAUUUUCAUCGUCAAACCUUCAAAUGGUGCCAUGGGAAAUGGAAUUUAUCUCAUGAAAAACGAUGAACGUGUUCGCGUUAAUGGUCAAAUGAUCGUACAGGAUUACAUCAGAAAGCCAAUGCUUGUGGAUAAUUAUAAGUUUGACCUAAGAAUAUAUGUACUCGUGACAAGCUGUGAUCCGCUGAGAAUCUUUAUUUAUAAAAAUGGCUUGGUGAGAUUUAGCACUGAAUGUUACAAUGAUCCAAACGACAAUAAUAUGAGCGAUUUGUUCAUGCAUUUAACAAAUUAUUCCGUCAACAAACACAGCGAGAAAUUUUCACGAGAUGAGGACGCAAGUAAAGGAAGUAAAAGGUCUUUGACAUUCUUUAAUGAAUGGUUGAGAAAAAAUGAUUACAAUGUUGCAAAUAUUUGGAGCGAUAUAACGGAUGUCAUCGUAAAAACAUUAAUUGUUUCUCAGCCUCAUCUCCUACAUGCUUACAAAUUAUGUCGACCAGGAUCUCAUCCAAGUUUACCCAGUGUUUGUUUUGAGAUUUUAGGUUUUGAUAUUUUACUGGAUCACAAAGCAAAACCUUGGUUACUGGAGGUAAAUCGAUCUCCUAGUUUCGGCACUGAUUCAAAGCUUGAUUAUAACAUUAAAAGUGGAUUAUUACGAGACACAAUAAAGUUGUUGAAUAUAAAAUCAAGUGAUAAAUUACGUGGAGUGAUGACCGAAAAAAAACAAAGUCGACGACGUCUGUUGAGUCAACCAUCUAGAAAUGAUAGGAAUUUGUCUGAAAGUGUUGCUCGUAGAAUGGACGUGAAUAAACGAAAAAUUCUAUUGAAAGAACAGUUGGCAAGUUUAAGGAGAAAUUCUUCCAGAGAAGAUCAUGAAUUUAGGAAUUUGGGACAAUUUGAGCGAAUAUACCCACCUUACAAUAAGGAAAAGUUACAAUAUUACGACAAAUUACUUGACGGUGCAAUGAAGUUAUUUUCGUCAGGAAAACCAGUUACAACUCCUACAAAGCAAUCUCCUUUUGUUAACUUGAAGCCGUUGUCAUCAAUGCCAAGUGCAAAGGAUGAACUGAAUAACACAGAAGAUCGUGAUGAUUUCAAUAUUCGUGUUUAUCGUUCAAGGAGUGUUUCGUCAAAACAUAAACGUUCAAGGCCAACUACAGCCCUUGUUGCUAGAAAAAAAUCUACGGUGACUCCAAGGAAUUCAAGAAUGACAAAAUCUUCAGUGAACUGAGAAUCUCCUACCACUAAUUUCGAGAAAAAUGACGAAUUGACGCGACGAACGUUAAUGUUGCUCAAUGAAAUGAAAAUAAAAUUUCCUGGAAAAACGGAAGAAGAGGCUAGCCAUGUUUUAAACCAAGUUAGUGAAAGUUGGACGUAUCAUAAACCAAGGGUUGCUCAUUAUUGGUUAGGAAAACUAGAUUCUGUAAAGAGACGAAAGAUAAUCGAUAUUGUAAAAGAAAAUGUGAGAUCAAUUUUACAUCAAAUUUGGGGAGUUAGUGAUAAUGACAAGUUAAAACUUUCAAGAUUGUUUACAAAACUGUUCAACCGAAUGUUAUGGAGAAAUGGUCAGGGAUUAUGGAAUUGCUUUACAAUGUUUGGGAACUCCUGGCAAACAAUGUUUAACAAAAGUUCUGACUCAUUAUCAGAGCUCGAGAUGUCUUGUUGUCGUCAAACCGUAUCUUUGUGUAAAGAAUGCCUUCUUGUGGUUUAUGUUUUUUCUACGACUGAAAGCAGACAUUAUCGUGGUGAAUAUAACCCUCUGAAGACAUAUACUUGACAUCAGACCUUACCAGAUCAGACUCAUGUGAAACUUAAUGCGUGGUUUUUAGCAAAAUGACAAAUUCUGGCGAUUUUUCACCUAUUGAUCAUGCAUUACGAGGAUGUAGGAAAUGUGUCGAUGUAAAAAUGAUUUACAUAAUGGCUUUGAAAAUUUUAUUACAAGCUAGAACUUAAUGAAAAUUGUUAUGUACGCUGUUUGUAUCAUCAGGUUAGCCGGUUUUUUAUGUAUGAAACCAAAGGUUAUUGUUUGGAGGUCAA